UUCACCAUGCUGAAAGCAAUGGUAUGAGAACCUUAAGGAGAUACAAGGAAGGAUUGUUUAACAGUACCACAGCUCAGAUAUAUUGUAGAAAAUUCUCAGCCAUUGGCAAUGCUAAAGCUGAUAGACCCAGAGACCAAGAAUGCCUUGUUUGGUUGGGCACAAGUGCCACUCAUAUAUCGCUUUUGCAUCAAAUCUUGCAAAGCAGUGCAAGAACAGGUGCACCUAUGGAAGGAAAGGCCUGCCAUGCACAGAGUAUUCGUGUUGGAUUACAAUCGGACACUUUAACGUCUAACAUGCUUAUUAACAUGUAUUCAAAAUGUGGCUUACAUAAUUGCGCUAGAAAAGUAUUUGAUGAAAUGCCUGAAAGGAGUUUAGUUUCAUGGAAUACUAUGAUUGGGUCACUUGCCCGGAAUGGGGAGGAACAAGAAGCUCUUAGUGUUUUCGUACGUAUGCAAAGAGAAGAAAACCAAUUUAGUGAAUUCACUGUUUCAAGUGUUCUUUUCGCUUGUGCUGCGAAAUGUGCUGUGUCUGAGUGUAAACAGCUUCAUGCUUUUGCUAUUAAGGUAGCAAUGGUUUUGAAUGUCUAUGUGGGGACUGCAUUGCUUGACGUUUAUUCAAAGGCUGGAUUGAUAAAGGACGCAAGUUUUGUUUUUGAGUCGAUGCCAGAGAGGAGUGAUGUCACGUGGAGUUCAAUGGUUGCUGGGUACGUGCAAAAUGGGCUCUAUGAGAAGGCUUUGGUGUUGCUCCACAGAGCUCAAAUGAUAGGACUAGAACAUAACCAGUUUACAAUGUCUUCUGCUAUUUGUGCUUGUGCAGGUCUGACAGCUUUGAUAGAAGGGAAGCAGGUGCAUUCCUUGUUGUUUAAAACUGGAUUUGGUUUAAAUAUCUAUAUCAUUUCCUCUCUGAUAGACAUGUAUUCAAAAUGUGGUAGCAUUGGAGAAGCAUACACCGUGUUUCAAGGUAUGGAGGACAGGAACACUAUUUUGUGGAAUGCCAUGAUUUCUGGGUUUUCUAGACAUGCUUGCUCCCUAGAGGUGAUGAUCUUAUUUGAGAAAAUGCAGCAGGCAGGUAUGCUUCCAAGUGAAGUAGCGUAUAUAUCUGUAUUAACUGCUUGUAGUCAUAUGGGAUUGGUUGAAAGUGGAAGGAAAUAUUUCAACCUCAUGAUAACAGAACACAAUGUGUCCCCAAAUGUUGUUCACUAUGCAUGCAUGGUUGAUAUUUUUGGUCGGUCAGGGUUGAUUCUUGAAGCCCGUAAUUUGAUUGAGAAUAUGCCAUUUGAUGCUACUGCUUCUAUGUGGGGUUCACUGUUAGCUUCUUGUAGGAUCCAUGGAAAUUUUCAUUUAGCUGAGAUAGCAGCUAAGCAUUUGUCUGAGAUAGAACCGAACAAUGCAGGGAACCUCAUUAUGUUGUCAAAUAUUUAUGCAGCAAAUAAUAAGUGGGAGGAGGUUGCAAGAACAAGGAAGCUUCUUAAAGAAAGUGAGUUGAAGAAGGAAAGAGGGAAGAGUUGGAUUGAAAUCAAGGACAAAGUUCACUCAUUUAUGGUCGGAGAGAGAAAACAUCCUAGAAUUACUGAGAUAUACUCUAAGUUAGACCAAUUGGUGGAAAAAUUAAGGAUGAUUGGAUACAAGGCUGAGAUUGAACAUGAUCUUCAUUAUGUCGAAGAGAGCAGAAAACAUGAACUUCUGAGGCACCAUAGUGAAAAACUUGCUCUUACUUUUGGGUUGAUGUGUUUACCCUCCAAUGCACCUAUCAGGAUCAUGAAGAAUCUUAGAAUUUGUGGGGAUUGUCAUUCUUUUAUGAAGAUCGCAUCAAGUUGUUUGGGGAGGGAAAUCAUUGUCAGGGAUACUAAAAGGUUUCACCAUUUCAAAAAUGGUUUUUGCUCUUGUCGGGAAUUUUGGUGAAAUACUUGUGCUCCAUUAUGUCACUGACUACUUACUGUUAGCAUUUUGUGCACUUUCCUAGUUGUUGCUGAGCAAAGGGUGCGAAAAAUAUUCAUUUGAUGACUAUUAAUCCAAUAGUCUGGAUAUGAGAGACGUAUGUGUUGAAGUUUAGGAACUAGGUAAUAGUAUCCCGAUCAAAAAGCUGAUGAAGGGGGUAAGGGAAACAGGGAGUCUACUGAAUAGGCAAGUAGUGGACACAUUAAGCCCAAAUGUGGUGGUUAGGUUAGUCAAAGAUUUCAUUUUACCAAGUCCAAUGUUGUCAGAUUAGUCAACGUUUAUAUGUUUCGAUGAUAUCCUGCAUCAAGAAGUGGUCUUAAAGGGGUAUUAUGUCUGAGUAAAUUAUGGGACCCUUGCAUUUGGAGUCAAUGAAGGGCAGGCUUUGUGAAAGAUCUAAUUUUAUGAAGUUCAUUGUAAGUCAGAUUAGUCAACAGACAUUUUGAUGCAAUUUUGCACUAAAACAGACAUUGCAAGAAAAUGUGGGAAAUUAAAGGAAAUGAAGAUGGUUUGCCUUUCUUUUUCUCUCCUUUAUUAUGACUAUUAAAUGAUCCAGCAAGAUUAUUUCUUCAUGACUACUUGAGUAUUCUAAGCAUAAAAGCUGUCGCUGUAGCUAGGAUCAUAAUGUUAAUAAUGUUGGUUUGCAUUUUUUGCUUUUGUGGUCUGUAGGAUUAAUUUCUUAUAUUAUUGGAUUGAUGUCAGGAUCUGAAAAGGAAAUACAAUGCAUAGACAACAUGAUGUGGUCUGUAGGAUUGCUUUCUUAUAUUCCUACUCCAUGUUCUGUGUUUCAGAGAUAUAAUUUUUUUUGGUUUCUCUUUUCUUUCUGUACCUGAUGAACCAAUCUAGUUGGUAGCGUUCUUAUUGAAAGAACAGCAUUUGAUAGUUGGAAGGUCUGGAUUGAAGAACUGUUUGAUGAAGAUCUCAGUUUGUAAAGACUUUGAUGGUAUCUGGAGUACAAACCAUUGAUCCAAUUACCUCUCCAACUUGUCCAUUCACUCUGAAUACCAAGGAUCAGACACUGUCUCCACUGCAAAUGGUUAAUGACUCCCCCAUAAUCCAUGUUGGCAUAUACUGCCUCACCAACCAAUCUAGGCUCCUCUGCACACAGCUUUGUGAAGCUUUGGCAAUGACUGUUGCAUGGCCAAAAAUCUCUAUCAAAUUGAUUUACUAAAGAGUAUCCAAGGCUAGCAAAGGUAGCAGAGCAUCUUUCUAGAGACGGCUUAUGCUCAGACUCAGCUCAAUCACGACGAUACCAUACGAUGUCGAGCUAUGUAUUUAGGGUAGUUAUAUAGAGUCAGUCUGCAAUAUGACAUUUUUGACUUUUAUUGUAUAGCAGACAUCUUUUAUAUGG